GAGUGUGAUGAUAAAAUUCAUUAUGAUUGGUGCAAUGAAAUUACCUAUAAUAAGUUAACAUAUGUUCUGUUUUAUGUUCUCUUCUGUUGGAUUAUAUAUACUGGAAGUACCAGUUGUGUUUAUUCUGUUUAUUUCCUGGGAUUUAUGAAAAAUACAAUGGUUUUGGUUAGUCAAUCUCCUUCUUUUUGUCAAAAAGGGAGGGGGUUGUUUAUUAGGGGUUGGGUGUUAUUAAGAGAAUAUAUAGAGUUUUUCAUAGACAUUGCAUCUUUUUUUCAAAUUGGGUGAUUUAGUUGGUGAUUUCAUGAAAUAUAUAUUUUAUCAUGCUAUUGACAUUAAGAAAUCAAAAUCAACUCUUAUUUGAAUAGUUUAGACUUUCCCCUAUCUUUUCCGACAAAUAAUAAGGCAACUAUCUCAGUUGAAAAGAACAGUUGUUGUUACUGCUACCACAGGUAUGGCUGCAUUGGAGCUAGGUAUGAAUACAUCCACUCUGUAUCAUUGAAGUGGCAUUCUGGAUGGCCGAUAUUCUGUAGAAAAAUUAGAGGAGCUUUAUCAGAAUGAUGACAAAUACUCUGCUGCUAAGCAGAGAAUAUAAAAAGCUGACUGCCUUAUCAUUGACGAGAUAAGCAUGUUGACACAAAAAAUAUUUGAACUGGUUGAAUGUGUUUGUCGCAGUGUCAGAAAGAAAGAUCAAUGCUUUGGAGGUUUGCAGGUCAUUGGCUGUGGUGAUUUCAAGCAGUUACCACCUGUUCCAGACAAGUUCUUAAAUGAUAAAGGGAAACACUGCUUUGAAAGUUCAAUGUUUCAAAGUACAUUUCCACACCAUGUAAACUUAACAAAGGUUAUAAGACAGACUGACCAGGAUUUGGCCUUGGCAGUGAAAGAACUUUGUGAUGGGUCACCGUCAGAACAAACAAUACAGCUACUGAAAAGUUUAGACAAAGACCUAGACAGACCAGAUGUUGUUAGACUCUAUGGUACAAAUUUUGAUGUACGCUAUGUCAAUGAGGAGAUGCUGGACAUGAUUGAUAAAGAGGCUUAUGUUUUCAAGGCAACUGAUGAAGGUAUUUAAGAAAUACAUAUAAGAAAUAUAAAUCCAAUUUUAUCCUCUACUCAUGUACCUUUUAUAUGACGUCAUUAUGGGGACAUUAAUCAUGCU